AUGACUUCGUUCAUGAAGACUGCGUGUGCCCAACGUCUGCGACUCAAAACGUUCCCUGCUAGUGUCUCGAUUGUCGGAUUCGGUGGAGCAGGCCAUGGAAUCACCGAAGCAGCUGUCGCUCACGUUUUCUCGAAACCGUCUGUAAUCGAACACCAAGAAGUCGUUGUUGAGUUUCUCGUCGCUCCGUGCAUCGUUAACCGGUUGCCUUUGCGCUCGUUCGACAUCUCAAGCUGGAUCAUACCGGAGUGGAUUGACCUCGCAGACCCUCACUUCAACCAACCGGAGAAGAUCGACAUCCUGUUUGGCAUCGUCGAGUGGGAUAAGAUGAUGUUGAGCCAGACCCAUAAGCUCGGAGGUCCGGUGAACGAGGAGGUCAACUAUCCUACACUGCAAGCUCUGCCGGUGACGAACGAACAGCUGGACGAACAACUGACCAAGUUCUGGGAAGUCGAAAGCUACAGCACGGAACGCUUCCUUUCCCCCGAAGAACAAGCUGCUGAGGAUCAAUUUGUGACCACCCACUGUCGAGACGAAAAAGGUCGUUACGUCGUCGCCUUGCCGUUCAAGGAGGAAGAGGUCAAGCUCGGAGACUCGGCACACAUUGCUCAUCGUCGUUUUUUUAUGCUGGAAGCAAAGCUGACCAAGGACCAGAAACUGUACGACGACUACAGGAAGUUCAUGCAAGAGUACAUCGACCUGAGGCACAUGGAAAGAGUUGGCACUUUCUCUCUCGCUGAACCACAAGAACUGCCCUACUACUUUUUGCCGCAUCACGCCGUCGUCCGACCCGAAAGCAGUACCACCAAACUACGGGUUGUUUUUGAUGCCUCGGCGAAAUCCAGCAACGGACAGUCCCUGAACGACCAACUCUUGGACCCUCCUGAUCGACAAUCUGCUCAGUUUUCGAACGUACAAAGUCACAGUCACCUCGGACGUCGCAAAAAUGUUCCGGCAAAUCGAUGUCCGGAAAGAAGAUCAUCGAUUCCAGCAGAUCCUGUGGCGAACCAGUCCCGACUAAGACAUCGGCGUCUAUCAACUGACGACAGUCACCUAUGGCACCGCUUGCGCAACCCGGGCACUGCUGCAAACCUGUAUCGACGAAGGAGCAUUUCCCCCUCGCAGCGGUUUUUGGAGCCGAGAUAG